AUGACACAAGAGAGGAGGAGGGAGAGGAGAGAGAGGGGGAGGGAGGAGAGAGGAGGAGGGAGAGGAGAGAGAGGGGGAGGGAGGAGAGAGGAGGAGGGAGAGGAAAGAGAGGGGGAGAGAGAGGACAAAGAGGAGGAGGAGGACAAAGAGGAGGAUGAGGAGGACAAGGAGGAGGACAAGGAGGAGGAGGACGAGGACAAAGAGGAGGAGGAGGACAAAGAGGAGGAGGAGAAGGAGGAGGACAAGGAGGAUGAGGAGGACAAGGACAAGGAGGAUGAGGAGGACGAGGACAAGGAGGAGGACAAGGAGGAUGAGGAGGACAAGGAGGAGGAGGAGGAUGAGGAGGACAAGGAGGACGAGGAGGAGGACGACAAAGAGGAGGAGGACAAGGAGGACGACAAAGAGGAGGACGACGACAAAGAGGAGGAGGAGGAGGACAAGGAGGACAAAGAGGAGGAGGAGGACAAAGAGGAGGAGGAGGACAAAGAGGAGGAGGAGGACAAGGAGGAGGAGGAGGACAAGGAGGAGGACGAGGAGGACAAAGAGGAGGAGGACAUGGAGGAGGAGGACAAGGAGGAAGGGGCGGACAAGGAGGAGAAGGACAAGGAGGAGAAGGAUGACAAGGAGGAGGAUGAGGAGGACAAAGAGGAGGAGGACAAGGAGGAGGAGGACAAGGAGGAGGAGGACAAGGAGGAGGAGGCGGACAAGGAGGAGGAGGAUGACGAGAAGGAGGAGGACAAGGAGGAAGGGGCGGACAAGGAGGAGAAGGACAAGGAGGAGAAGGAUGACAAGGAGGACAAGGAGGAGGAUGAGGAGGACAAGGAGGAGGACAAAGAGGAGGAGGACAAGGAGGAGGAGGACAAGGAGGAGGAGGCGGAUGACGAGAAGGAGGAGGACAAGGAGGAGGAAAAGGAGGAGGACAAGGAGGAUGAGGACAAGGAGGAUGAGGAGGACAAGGAGGAAGAGGACAAGGAUGAGGACAAGGAGGAGGACAAAGAGGAGGAGGACACGGAGGAGGAGGACAAGGAGGAGGACAAAGAGGAGGAGGAGGAGGACAAAGAGGACCUCACAUUACACGUGUUACAGACCUCACAUUACACCUGUGUUACAGACCUCACACUACACCUACCUCACAUUACACUUCUGUCACAGACCUCACACUACACCUGUGUCACAGACCUCACAUUACACUUCUGUCACAGACCUCACAUUACACCUGUGUCACAGACCUCACACUACACCUGUGUCACAGACCUCACAUUACACCUGUGUCACAGACCUCACAUUACACCUGAGGACAAAGAGGAGGAGGACAAAGAGGAGGAUGAGGAGGACAAGGAGGAGGAGGACGAGGACAAAGAGGAGGAGGAGGACAAAGAGGAGGAGGAGAAGGAGGAGGACAAGGAGGAUGAGGAGGACAAGGACGAGGAGGAUGAGGAGGACGAGGAGGAGGAGGAUGAGGACAAGGAGGAGGACAAGGAGGAUGAGGAGGACAAGGAGGAGGACAAGGAGGAGGAGGACGAGGACAAAGAGGAGGACAAAGAGGAGGAGGAGGACGACAAAGAGGAGGAGGACAAGGAGGACGACAAAGAGGAGGACGACGACAAAGAGGAGGAGGACGACAAAGAGGAGGAGGAGGAGGACAAGGAGGAGGAGGAGGACAAGGAGGAGGAGGAGGACAAGGAGGAGGAGGAGGACAAAGGAGGAGGACGACAAAGAGGAGGAGGACGACAGAGGAGGAGGAGGAGGACAAGGAGGAGGAGGAGGACAAGGAGGAGGAGGAGGACAAGGAGGAGGACGACAAGGAGGAGGAGGACAGGAGGACGACAAAGAGGAGGACAAGGAGGAGGAGGAGGACAAGGAGGAGGAGGACAAGGAGGAGGAGGAGUUUUCAGUCACGGAUCAAAACAACAUCUGAGAGGAGACAAGAAGGCUCGGAGAGGAGACAAGGAGGCUCGGAGAGGAGACAAGGAGGCUCGGAGAGGAGACAAGGAGGCUCGGAGAGGAGACAAGGAGGCUCGGAGAGGAGACAAGGAGGCUCGGAGAGGAGACAAGGAGGCUCGGAGAGGAGACAAGGAGGCUCGGAGAGGAGACAAGGAGGCUCGGAGAGGAGACGAGGAGGCUCAGAGAGGAGACAAGGAGGCUAGGAGAGGAGACAAGAAGGCUCGGAGAGGAGACAAGGAGGCUAGGAGAGGAGACAAGGAGGCUAGGAGAGGAGACAAGAAGGCUCGGAGAGGAGACAAGGAGGCUCAGAGAGGAGACAAGGAGGCUCGGAGAGAAGACAAGGAGGCUCGGAGAGGAGACAAGGAGGCUCGGAGAGGAGACAAGGAGGCUAGGAGAGGAGACAAGGAGGCUAGGAGAGGAGACAGAAAGAGGGAGGAGACAGAGAGGAGAAAGAGAGAGGAGACAGACAGAGAAGACAGAGAGAGGAGGAGACAGAGAGAGGAGGAGACAGAGAGAAGACAGAGAGGAGAAGACAGAGAAGACAGAGAGAGGAGGAGACAGAGAGAGGAGGAGACAGAGAGAGGAGGAGACAGAGAGAGGAGAAAGAGAGAGGAGGAGAAAGAGAGAGGAGGAGACAGAGAGAGGAGGAGACAGAGAGAGGAGGAGACAGAGAGAGGAGGAGACAGAGAGAGGAGGAGACAGAGAGGAGACAGAGAGGAGGCAGAGAGAGGAGGCAGAGAGGAGACAGAGAGAGGAGGAGACAGAGAGGAGGCAGAGAGAGGAGGAGACAGAGAGAGGAGGAGACAGAGAGAGGAGGAGACAGAGAGAGGAGGAGACAGAUAG